AUGCCCGAGCCAGUCGUGAUUGCGACUUCGAUCUUCUCGGGGUUCAAUUCAUUCGUCAAAGCAAUCAGUCUCGCAGCGCACUACAAAGAGGUACCGAACGAGGUCAGGCAAUUACAUACUAAUAUCGAAAGGGCCGAGAGUGCCAUCAACAUCGCCAGACGGCUCCUUCGCUCGAAAGCACACUACCUGGAUCCUCGACUACUUCAGGAGACGGAGGAGAGUAUCGAAAAGACUAAUAGUGCUCUUCUGUUGGUUCGUGACUCGAUCGAAGCAUGCCGAAAGGACCUCGAAAUCCGUCAGACGGUGACACCCAAGAAUCGAGUCGCCUGGCUGCUAUGGAAGAACCAGGAGUUUUUGUCACAACUUCAAACAUUGGGGAACUGUCUGGGUGCGCUGGACCGAGACAUUGGGCGGUUGGAAAUGGCUCAUCCGCCCAUUGUCUUCGUGAACGGCAAUUUGGGCCCGCCGGCCUACGCUGAUAAUGAUCGUAAAUCAGGCAAGGGUACUACUUUCAGAGUCGAGGCAGACGACGAGGAGGAAAAGAAGCCGCCCUUUCCACGCAGCCCCACCAAAAGGAUACGCUCAAAAUCACGCAGCAACAAUGGCAGCCAAGUCAAUCUCAAUCUGGACAAGCGGACCGGCACACGGCGCGGUGGAUUGCGAAAUCUAUCACCUCAAUUCGCAGACGGCGAUGAGGGCUACGAGUCUGACGAGCUUUCGCUACGUCCACGGUCCGGAGAUGACCAAACCACCCCAGACGCAACGGAAGACCUCGCUCUCUUCGCCAACGCCACCAUCGGCAUCGGCGUCGACGACGACUCUGGCCUCGGCCUCGGUCUGUCCAUAUCGCAGGGCCAACUGAGCGUACGGCAGAUGGACUUUCUACAGCAAGCUGGCCCGGCGAUCGCUGCGGCGGCCACGUCCCGGUCCAGGCCCGCUAUCUCCGAACUGCCAGGACCAUCAGAGCCACAUGGCGAAGCGGAGCAACAGCCGAAACCAGACCCUGGCGCAAUACAGACACCGACAUCGAUACCGAUACCGACACCGACACCAAAUCUUUACGCCUUGUCCUCCAAGAAUCCGUGGCGCAGGCUCGCGGUCCAGCAAUCCACCUCCACGUUGAACGGUUCGGUCGGUACAUACCACCGCGUAGACCCGCCCAACGCAGUCGACCCCGAACCCGACGCCGCGAGCGUGAUUUCGACGACCACAACGGCGGUGGAAGACGUGGACGAAUCAGACAUCACUAGGAACUUGCUCGGACUCAGCGUCACGGCGCCGGCUGUGCCGACUGGAGCUGGUUCUGGUUCUGGUUCUGGUUCAACCUCAAGCAUUGGGCUUCUGUCUCCAGAAUUGGAGCCGAAGAAGGUCAAGUGGCGGCGGAAAUCGGUGUUCAUCUGA